AUAUAGCAUCUACAACAACACAUUUAAUUCAAUAAAUCGAUCUAUUCUUUUUGGCAUAUUUUCAGUACUCUUCAAACGACUGUCUCAAGAUGAAUAUGGGACGCAUUUUGGAGGAUGUGAUCCGCAAGAACUCGGCCAAUACGGAUCGGAUCACAGCCGAGAACACAAUCGGCUAUGUUGUGGCCGAGAACAGCACAGGAGUUGUGGCCGAGUCCUCGUUCGACAACACCAGUGCUCAAGCGAUUGUGAAACACAUGCAUGGAGUCCUUGUGGCUGCAGCCCAGAGCAUGGUCCGGGACCUGGACCCUCCCAAUAAGCUCUGCUAUAUGCGUGUGGCCACGCGCAAAUUUGAGUAUCUGAUCGCUCCCGAGGAGGUUUUCACCAUAACAGUGCUGCAGUGAUUCGCAACUGUAAAUGAAGUUGGAACGGAGUCCGAAGCUCUGGCCCAAAACCCAAAUAUUGUUCCUCUCCUUGUUGAAACAGUUUUCCUCAAUGCGUGUGCGCAUGUUUGUGUGUGUGUGUGUGUGUGUGU